GCACUUCAUCGUCGUACAUUCCAGUCGUCAAAGAUGCCUCUCAAGCGAAAGCGCACCGAGGACGCAGCAGCAGCUGAAGACGGCGCGGCAGCACGUCCGACGCGUCGUUCUGCGCGUAAUGCGACCGCCGAGUCGACCACUGCAGCUUCCAGCGCUGCUGCCAAACCUGCCGCAACCAAGAAGGCUCCGGCGAAGACCUCGAAGGCGAAGAAGGCAGCCGAUCAGUCCGACGGAGAAGAACCACCUCCCCCGAAGAAGGCACGCGCGACGAAAGCCACCACCACCAAGGCCGCUCCCGCGAAGGGGAGAAAAGCCCCGACGAAGAAGGCCCCCGCACCCACCGACAGCACGGAUGAUGCCCCCGACGUCGGCGACGACAACGGUGAACAGGCGGGCCCGAGCAGCAGCAAGGCCAAGACUCCGAAGCCGGCCAAACACGAGCCGUAUACGCCCGCGCGGGCGAAGGCGCUGUUUGACGCGUACGAGGACGCAGACGAGAAGGAUGUGAUCGGCGCGGAGGGCUUCAUGCGCCUAUGCGAGGACGCGGGGAUCGAGAUGGAGGGAGCGCAUCCGCUCAUUCUUGCGUGGCAUCUGCAGUGCAAGGAGAUGGCGAAGAUCAGCCGCGAGGAGUGCUUGAAGGGGCUGGAGAGUUUGCAAACGGGCACCCUCCCCCAGCUCGGCAUCGCGCUGAAGGACCUGGAGACGCUCCUCGUACAUGGCGAGACGUCCAAGGAAACACCGGCGAUUGGCAAGGUCCAGCCAUAUAACAAGGCCGUGUACCAGUCCUACGCCGCCGACCCGCAGAAGAACUUCCGAAGCCUGUACAACUACUGCUACACCCUCAUCAAGCCUCCGCAAUCCAAAAACAUCGACAUGGAGACUGCAUGCGCGAUGUGGUCCGUGUUGCUUGCUCCGAAAUACCCGCACAUGAAGAAGAUCGUUGACUUCACUACUGAGCGCAUACAAACCCAUCGCGCUGCAAAUAAGGACCUCUGGCAAAUGAUGCUCGAGUUCUGCGAGACCGUCAGCCCGAACCUGGAUAACUACGAGGCGGACGGGGCAUGGCCGACGCUCUUGGAUGAGUUCGUAGAGCACGAGAAGGGGCAGCAAGGGAAUGGGCAGGAGGCGUAAACGUGGUGUUGGACUUUGCCUUCGAGCCCUGGACAGUCACGUCAAUCUACAGUCCAUCUAUGCCUGACGCAAGGGGCUUGCCUAUAUCUAUACACCCGCUAAUCUAAUGCCCAUGCUCGUGUAUGCUUAGAACUGCUACUCAUAUGCCUAGGCAGGA